UUCUUCCAGGCAUGCGAAAGGCCCUAACACGGUCACACUAGUCUGCACUUUUUUUGUGCAAUUAUUUAUUAAAAAUAAGCAACGACGUGUGACAACGAACCACGAAAGCAGCGAAAUGGCAACGCGCGGCGGUCCAAUGGUGGCGGGCACCGACGGCAACGACUUCGAGUUCAGGCAGCGCGUAGCUGGCACAUAUCAAAUUAGCCUCCUGAACAAGUCCAGGUUGAAGUUCUGCAUCUUCUUUCACGCGCUGCUCUUCUUCGUGAUGCUGGCCAAGCUCACAUCGGACAUCCUCGACCGCCUGGACAUCUUUGUGCUGGAGAUCGAGGAGCUUGAGGUGCCGCCGCCACUUUGGUGGGAGUACGUGUGGGCCGGCUCGCUGCUCACCUCCUUCCUGGGCCUUUCAGCGGCCAGGGGCAACAAGGUGCGCGAGAUGCAGAAGUACAUGGUGGCCAUCCUGCUGUUCGCCAUUCUGCCGCUCCUCUACUGCUUCGCCUACUACUUUUCGGACGUGUGGGAGUUCGCCACGCUGGACAAGUCCGUGGAGCUGGACGAGACGGACAUCUUCGUGUGGCGCGGCUAUCCGUACGGUGUUUUCUGGUACGCCUUCUGCUUCGUCGGUUUCCAGGUGCACGGAUUCACGCUAUAUUUCGCCUACAACCUGGUCAAGGCCUGGAAGGCCAGAACUGCCACGCGCAAGUUCCAGUAAUCUAAAUACUCGCCAAACUAGUGGACGCCGGAGAGCAGGGCUAGUUGUAAAUAAUUUGGAAACUUGAAACUAACUAAAAUCACUAGUGCACAAGAGCGUAAUGAAACUAUGGUAAAUCUAAAGUUAUGCAGCUGUUAAGGUAUCGCACACUUAGUCAUACAGGAGAGAAAACAUAUGGUCGAAACUAAACGAGCGUCGGCGUUAAAGUUAUUGUUAGUUGAAAGUUAAACCGUUCAAAUGAUUAAAUAGACUCUUAUCCAUAUACACAUAUAUAUACACACACGCAGCCUUGUGAGGUCAACUAAAGACAAGAAGCAACUGAAGCCACCAAAUUUCCCCGAGUCGGAAUAAAAACCAAAAACCAACCUAAA